UCGCCUAUCCGGAGUAGAUUUCUUGCUUGGAAAAAAUCCUGUCACUCAGCACAGCAGUUCAUCGUUCAUGUCUUUGGCUUGUUUGGUGAUGAACAAUGAUUCAAAUGAGAAAAUUCAAGACUCUCAUCACUCGUCAGGGCAGUGGGAGUAAGGAUGACAAAAGUCCAACAGAUGAGCUAGCCAGAACGCCCAGCCCUGUAGAACCCAUACGUUAUAAGAGUGAAGCAAGAGAAUUUUCCAAUGAUCCUGCAGCCGAAGCAGAGAUUAUUGACAGCAUUGAGAAGGACUACUUUAAUGAUGAGGAUUUUGAUGGAAGUGAGUUUGAACUCCUCAAGAUGCCUGAGUUGGAGAAAAUUGAGUUGGGCAAGCUGACUGCUGAUAGAGACCGCCUGAGGAGACAACGCCAGGCGGUUUCAAAGAAGGUUUCUGAUGUCGUGUUGGAAAAUCAGUCUUCAUACAGCAGGGAGCUUCAGCGAGUCACUGACCUACAGGCUAGCUUACAGACAGCCAACAUCAUCUGUACAAAUGGGAGAAGACAACUGGCUAUGGCCAAACAAGGCUUCACGGUGGCUAGCCUGAGCAUUCUUGCCAACUACAGGAGACGACAGCAGCUUCUCAGCUUGAUGAAGAGUUUACAUACAAUCAAAACACUGCAACAAACAGACAUCAGGUUACGAGAAAUGUUAGAGGAGGAAGACUAUCCUGGAGCCAUUCAACUCUGCUUGGAAUGUCAGAAGGCUGCUAGUACAUUCAGACACUACAAAUGCAUCACUGAGCUGAGUUCCAAGCUUCAAGACACAUUAGAAAUGAUAGAGGAGCAGCUUGACCAGGCCCUAGCCAAGACCUGUAUCAACUUUGAUGUCAAACACUAUGAGAAGGUACAAACGGCAUACACGCUGCUGGGAAAGACACAGACUGCCAUGGAUCAACUCCACAUGCACUUCACCAGUGCUAUCCACAACUCUGCUUUCACCAUCGUGGUGGGCUAUGUAGAGCUGAUGAGUGGCUCUGAAGAUACUAACUUCCAGAAGAUGCAAUAUAAGGACCUCUGCAGUCAUGUUACCACGGAUACUUACAUUCCCUGCCUGGUGGAUCUCUGCAAAGCAUUAUGGGAAGUGAUGAAGAGUUACUACAAGACAAUUGAAUGGCAUGAAGCAAAUGAGGAUCCUAUCAGUCCAAUGGCUAAGGAGCAAAUAGAGGAAGCUGUAGGGACAGACAUGGAAGCUUCAUUCAAUCGUCGGUAUAUCAAGACCAAGCUGGAACAUGGUUUGACAAGAAUCUGGCAGGAUGUGCAACAGAAGGUCAAGAUAUUUCUUCUAGGAACUGAUCUGUCCAAUUUCAAAUACGAUGAUUUCAUCCAUGUCCUAGAUCUUGUCAAUAGGCUGAUUCGCGUUGGUGAGGAGUUUUGUGGGAGUAAAUCAGAGAGUCUCCAUGAUUCUCUGAGACAACAGAGUCUAAACUACUUCAAGAACUACCACAGGUCCCGCCUUGAUGAACUCCAGAUGUUCCUAGAGAAUGAAGGUUGGGAACUAUGCCCUGUCAAGGCCAACUUCACCAUAACUAACCUGCAUGAGUUCCGUUUCGUCCGACUGACGAGCAUGGCUCCUAGGGGAGAUUCCAGCAAUCAAUCCAGUCCUUCCACCAGGAGUGGGACUAGAGAUAGUUUCUUCAACCGAUUUGGUGAUCAUGGGAGUCCAUUUGACCAACGGAUGGAUGAUGAAGAAGCAGAGGAUAUGAUUGGAACUAAUGGCGUUGAAGACAUUGAUGAUGAGUCUCAUGGCAAUGACGAUUCCGAUGACAGUGAUGUACCCGAUGAGCUCAAACAAGAUUUCAUUGAUGAGUUGACUGAAGAGAAACCUACAAGAAGUCUCAGGAAGCGGCGAUCACUCAACAAGGGCCCAGUGCCAAUACUUGCCAACACAACACUCAAUGUUCUACGACUAUUUGGCAAGUACAUGCAGAUGAUGGCAGUUCUCAAGCCGAUAGCCUUUGAUGUGGUUCUGUGUAUGUCUCAGCUCUUUGAUUACUACCUAUUUGCUGUGUACACCUUCUUUGCUACUGACAUGAAUGACUCUUUUGGGCUGAGCUUGAGCAACAGAAUCCGCACCACCCUCAAGCGCAUCAGUGACAACAUGAUCCAGCAUGAACCCCCACCGGGCAUGCUGCCAAACCCCAUGGAAAACAGGGAGCGUAUAGGCUUCCCUCAUGUGUCUCCCAUUGUAGAACUGACUGGAAUUGAGCAGCUACAUGGACUAGCAGAGAGGAUCGUGGGAACAGAAUCACUUGUUUUCCUAGCAGAACAAUUCCAACUUCUUCAGCCUCAUCUGGAGUCAGUCAUUCCAUCUUCCAAGAAACCAUUCCUGCAACAGUUUUAUUCACAGACUGUAAGUGUAGCCAGUGAGUUGCGUCGUCCUGUCUAUCGUGGAGUAGCUUCUCGAUGUAUUCUCUUCGAGCGCAUGCUUCAACUCAUGUGUACAGUCAAAUGGGACAUCAGAGACAUCAUGUCACAGCACAGCACCUAUGUGGAUGUACUGCUUCAGGAUUUUGUCAUAUUCAGCGCACGGUUGGAUGAAGUGGGCAAACGUGUAUCCAUCCCAGUUCCAGUCUACAAUAUUCUCUGGGGUCAUCUUGUGCGUUUGGCCAACCGUACAUUUGUGGAGGGGUUUGCCAGUGCUAAGAAGUGUAGCAAUGAGGGGCGUGCAUUGAUGCAGCUGGACUUCCAACAGUUUCUCCUCAAACUAGAGAAGCUCACUGAAGUCAGACCCAUUCCUGAUAAAGAGUUUGUUGAGACCUACGUCAAGGCAUAUUAUUUAUCUGAAGCUGACAUGGAACAAUGGAUUAAAGACCAUAGGGAGUAUUCAGCCAAGCAGCUUCUCAGUCUUGUUACGUGUGCUGUCAGCUCCAAGAAAGCACGCCAGCGCCUGACAGGAAUCGUGGAAGAACUGGAGAGGACUCGGGCAAGGUGAAAGGUCAGGGAACGGACAGGACAGCAGCAGUCUAAUGUACAACAUGUUGCUUUGGGAUCAUUGUGAUAAAAAGGCUCAUACUUAUGUGAUAUAGUAGGAGCAAUUAGGUUAGAUUUGUGUGAAUGGUUGCUUAUACAAAUUCAAUGUGUAUAAAUGGAAUAGAGGAUUAAUCAAAGUACCGUAUUUAGAUGCAAAUGAGAAGUCCAUGUUUAAUUAAAUACCUGCAUAAAACUGUACCCUAACACCCCUCUAAAAAUGGUUGUACCUCCUUGUGGUUAGGUUUUGUGACUCAUGAUCAGAGGAUCAGGGGUUCGAAUCCAGCUGCUGGUCAUAUGUUGUGUCCUUGGGCGAGCUACGUCACCCCCACUUACCUCUCUCACCCAGGAAUCUAAAUGGGUACUGGCAUUAGCUGGGGAGUAAAAAGCUGCAAUGGACUAGCAUCCCAUCCAGGGUUGGAAAUAUUCUCAGUCGUUUCAUGCUACUGAAACUGGAGAUAAACGCCGGCCUGAUGGGUCACAUUGGCUCGCGGCAGAUUUUACUCUUAUUUUUUUACUCCACACAAAAGAUCUACAUCUCAAAAUCUCAGGUAAUCAUGGGUGUCGAUCGGUGGGGGAGGGAAAUGUCUCCCCCCCCCCUUUUUUUUUAAUUGGGUUGGAGGAUUUCACUUUUUUUUUGAAGUGUUUAAAAUGACAAUGUUUAAUGAUCUUUCACUCAAGAAAAGUGGUUAAAGUGGUCAUUAAUUGCCUGAGAUCACACCACAGAGCAUCUAGAAUCUAAUAUGGGUUCACGCUCUCAUUAGUUCUGAUCAAGGUAUGUCGUCGUUGCCGCCCCCCUUCCCACACUUUGAGAAGCAAUUGAGGCCCUUGGUUGUUAUUGACAGUAACCGCACAAAGUAUUCAUUUGUAGCUUACCAUCAGCCAAAACUACAAUCUUAAUCCUUGUAUUACUUGAACCUAAAAGAUUUAGUAUAGAUACAAAUUUGGAAGCCAUGUGCUCUCAAAAACUGAGCUCUGCACACCCCUGUUGGUAGUAUUGCAAUCUAUGCUUGGGGGAGGUUUUGUUGAUUGCAUGAUUCACAUUUCAUCAAUGGUCUGUUGGCUCAUGUGGGCUAUGAAUAUCUGUCGAUUUUAUUCACGUUGUAUUUUCUUACAUUUUUUUUUACAUUUAGUUCUGUUGGUCGGGCGUCAUCAGUGUGGCAGUGAAUAAUUUAUAAAUGCAAUUAUAUAUAUUGGCUGUACAGUCAGGUACAAGUUGUCGGCCUUUUUGGGCACUGAAUAUCCGUUUAGCUUGUUGCAGUUUUUAUGUUGCAGUGUGCUUAUUCACUUUAUAAAUGCUUUGCAUAAAUGAAGGUAGGCUGUAUCAAGUGUUGUGACAAUUCCAAAUCAAGAACUUUGAAAAGGUUUUAUAAUUGUACAUUUUUGGGAAUCUUUUAUGUGUGUGUCUCAGUUUUAUGACGAUGCAUUGUGUGUCUGACGGGUCAGGCGAGGAUAUCAAAUCAUUACCAUUUGUCUCUUUUUAUCAACUCAAUGGAAAGUACCCCAAAAAAUGAUAAAUGAGAAUGUUAGAAAUUAUCAAUUUUCAAGUUCAUAUGAGUCUGAUGUACACAUUCCUUCACGACAAAAUGACUUUCUUUCUUAUGGAAACCUGCAGGCAUGACCAUUAGUAAACCAACAGGCCUCAUUCCAUAGCUAUAAAUGUGGAUUUAGUAAUAGCAUAGUGGUAACAAAAAUCAAAUUUAAGAGACUUCGUCCUCAGUUUUUAUAUUAAGAAAGUACACCAGGAGUAUGAAGGUUAAGCAAUUACAAUGUAUUUUAAUCAUUGUAUUAUUGGUGAAAUAUUCAUGUAAACAGUUAAGUUGUGUUGUGUAAUCAUGAAUAAAUUACAUGUGGUAAAAAUGUACAAAA